AUGGGAAGCGCUUUCAUUGUCACCGCCUCAUUGAAACUCAGUCCACGGGAUUUAAGUCUCAGAAUGAGUUCGAGGCGAGCGUACAGACAGCCGAGAAGUGCUGAAGUUUGAGACUCUGAAUGGGACAUCACUAUCAAAUGUUACUCUUUAAGCAAGUUUCAGGUGUGAAGUGAGUCAUUCCAUAUCAAACACCUGCAGUAUAAAUGAGUUAACCUCACUACACACUGGACGAGACCCCUGUUCUUCUGCACACAUUCAGCUGGCAUCAUUAGAUGUGGAAAAAACAUGAUGCUCUCGAUCUCCCGAACCUGCCUCAGAGGGAUCUACAGUUGUCACUGGACCAGUCCAAAAGGAGACCGAAACAGGGCUUGCUGCUGGCUCUCCUUUCUGUCUUUUGUGUCCAUACUUGCCCUGAGUUGGAUGUACGUUUGUUUUAUUGCCUUCAACGACCACAAUGAUGUGAACUGUGAAGCCUUCAAAGCAUUAAAAAAAUGGGUGAACUGGUACAUGAUAGUGAUGAUCAUUUCUGCCGUGCUGGCCACAUACUGCCUCCUUCUACUGGUAUUUGGGUUGCUACACUUAGCAAUCAGAGAGCCCUUGGAUUUACACUGGCUGCAUAAGGUGUUUCUGUUUUUGGGUCUGCUCACUGUUACUUUAGGCACCGCUGGAUUUUGUAUAAAAUGGAAAGAGGAAUGGCAAACCAUCUAUAUGUCAUUUCAGGCCACUGCUCCUUUCCUGCAGCUGGGUGCUGUGGUGGCUUUGACCUUGAUCAGCUGGCUGGUGUUCCAGAGUUAUCACACAGCUCAAACAGCUGCUUGUAAGGUUUUUAUAAUGGUGACCUUCCUGGUAGUGUCCGCUGCGGUGUUCCUGUGUCCUCUUGCAAUCUGCUCUCCAUGCAUUACCAGUAAUCUUCCCCCAAAACCUGCCCUCGUCGGACAUCGCGGUGCUCCGAUGCUGGCCCCAGAGAACACUAUGAUGUCAUUCAGGAAGAGUAUGGAGUGUGGUGUUGUGGCGUUUGAAACAGAUGUGCAACUCAGUAAGGACAUGAAGCCUUUUCUUAUGCAUGAUGAUGGUCCAAGUUUUCUGCUACGAACAACUGAUGUGAAGGAGACAUUUCUAGGUCGAGAUGCCGACAUGCACGCUAACUUCACUUUGCAAGAGUUACAGACUUUAAAUGCAGGCGAAUGGUUUAUAAGGACAGAUCCAUUCAAGUCAGUUUCAUCGCUCUCAAAGGAAGACAAAAGGGAGGCUAACAACCAGACAGUACCUUCUCUUUCUGAGCUCUUAGUCAUGGCCAAAAAGCAUAAUGUCUCUCUCCUAUUUGAUCUAAAAAAUGAGAAAAACUCGACAGGAUUCCACAACAGCGACUCCUACUACACUGCUGAAACGAUAACAAAUUCAAGCAUCUCACCGGACAAGAUAUGGUGGCUUCCUCCAGAAUAUAGACACGAUGUAAGAAAAGUUUCACCAGGCUUCAAGCAGAUGUAUAAUAAUGUACAAGAAAUGUAUGCGGAUGGUGGAAGCUUCCUGAACAUGAAAUAUAGUUCUCUAAGCACACAUGAAAUAAGUGAGCUGCGGAAAAAUAAUGUGUCCGUGAAUCUGUGGGUUGUGAAUGAGCGUUGGCUCUUCUCAUUACUGUGGUGCUCCGGGGCCAGUUCGGUGACUACCAAUGCUUGUCACAUCUUCAAAAGCAUGUCUAAGCCUGACUGGCAACUGGAGCCUAAUAUGUACAAGGGAAUAUGGAUCUCUGUUGACGUGAUAUCAUUGCUGUUGAUGUUUCUCCUCUUUCUUUGCCAAAGGAGGAGAAAGCAUGUUUUUCAUCCAAACCCAAGGGAGAGCGGUGUCCCCCUGCUUUCUUUCUGAACGAUGCCAUCUUUAUCAUCAGAGGACAUUUCCUUGAUUCACUUUGUUUCACUCAACAGAAUCAUGUCAUAUUAAAUGUCAUGCAGUAAAUUCACAUUUGUGCUUUUAGUGUAGACUGCAUUAACAAAACAUUGUUUGAUAUGAGAAUCUAAAGAUUUGAUAUCAUUUUUUCAUUAAGGCAGCAUGUUUUGCAGUGCUGCCACCUCUUGAAAAAGCCAUGUCAUUUCAGCCAUUUGUUAUGCAACACCAUAACUGUACAUUUUCAUUUACAUGACAGUACUUUUUAUUGAGGUUGUUUACUUAUGUGACACUUUGUAAGACAUUUUUGUAAGAAAGACUUUAAAAUGUUGGACACACUUUUAAGUGUCUACUAUGCACUACAUUUCAUUUAAUCAUUUGAUACAAUACACAUUGUGUUUGUGUAGUUAAAUCUACUGUGUAAUUACACCAUUGACCUUACUGCUUAACCCCUGUAAACCUAACUAUACUUCCAAACCCAUCCUGUACCUUAACUCUAUGCAGUGUCAUUAGAAGAAAAAGUGUUUUGCAAUAGCAUAAAGUCAUGUAGUCGGAAGACACCUAUAAAGUGGGAUCAAAAUGUUUAUGUGUAAAUAUAUUUUUAGUGUUAUUUUUUUUAUAGAUUUUAUAUAUAUUUGGUAAAUGGGCAUUCAAGACAAAUUCUGAAUUUGUAUUGUAUUGUGUACAUUUCGAAACGCAUAGGAGAAUAAGGAAAUAAAAACUGGCUGGUACAAGGUUCA